AAUCCCGGGCGGAAGCUUGGAAGGCGUUAAACAACAGCUGCAUGGAGGGUAAUUCCUUGAUCGGAACAUGCAACUGUCGCUGCAGCUGACUGCCUGCAUCUAUUCUUACGAGUCACAUUUGAACCUUUUCUUUGUUUCAGAGAUGAUGAAUCCUGGUAACUGUCGAAUAACAACAAAAUGGAGCAGUUGGUGUUUCCUGAGGAAAUCCUCACCUCCCCAAAUUAGCCCCGAUUUCUGAAUGGAUUGGUCACAUCUGCCAGGCAGCCGAAAAAAAAAAGAAGAAGAAGAAGAAGAAGAAGAAGAAGAAGAAGAAGAAGAAGAAGAAGAAGAAGAAGAAGAAGAAGAAGAAGAAGCCAAGGUCGAGUCUCAGUCACUCUGCUUCAUCUCUAUCGGCUGCAACCGGGAAUCUCCUGCGGACAGAUCAACAAAGCCAACUGUCCAGAUCGGAAUCCAGGUUGUAGUAAUGAAUCGCUCCCUACGAUGGUACUGUACUUCCUCGAUCGUACUAUCUAAACGACGGACACGGAUCUGGACCCGAUCGGCUGGUCCACUGCAGUCUGACCCAUCCGGGGCGAAGUGGAAUGGCUUCAGGCGAUCGAUGAUAGUCCAAUCGGGGAACUCGUCCCGUCCAGUUUAUUCUGCAGGGCCCUGUAGAGUUCCACCGGCAAUGGAAGCCCGAAGAAGCAUUCGGUUGAGUCUUCCCUAUUUUCACCGCCACUUCUGAUAGAUCCAGUUCCAGCCUCAAGAGACGACGAGCAGACAAGUCUAUCUGAAUAGAGGAUAUUAGAGACCGCCAACUCAUAACUUUUAGUUCGGGCGAGACGUCGUGAAACGAACGUGUUGUUGUCGGGUCCACACAAUGCA